ACCCAGACAAAAACUAAAUAUUUUCCGGCGUUUACUUCGAUGGGCAGGUUUCGUCACAUCACAUGAAGCUUGGAUCAUCAUCAAUUUCUGUACUUAUGAGUCUCCUAAUCAUAACCAUGUUGUCCUUGUUAAUCCAUACCUCUCAAGCCUCACCCACACCCAGAGACUUCUUAAUGACUUUACGCAAUCACAAUCUUGCUCGGGCUCAUGUUGGUGUGGCUCCCAUUGUAUGGAACGAAAAGCUUGCAGCUUAUGCAAGAGAUUACGCUGACAAGAGAGCAGCAGAUUGCAAUCUCGUACACUCUAAGGGACCGUACGGUGAGAAUCUUGCGAUGGGUCCUCUUGGUGGGCCAUUCGUCGUAGAAGAUGCCGUAACAAUGUGGGUCGGAGAAGAAAAUGAUUAUAACUAUGCAUCAAACUCAUGCCGGCCGAGGAAAGGGUGUGGUCACUACACACAAGUCAUCUGGCGUAAGUCUGUUCAUGUAGGUUGUGCUAGAGUGAUUUGCGACAAUGGUGGUACUUUCAUCAUUUGUAGCUAUGAUCCUCCGGGAAACAUAAUAGGAGAACGUCCGUAUUAGA